AUGACAACCGACUCACCAUCUUUCAAGUGGCGCGCUCAAGCAAGCUUGGACACUCUUACUUUGGCUCUUCAGGACGUGCAAAGCAUUUUAAAGCCUCAGAUAGAGGCAGGAGACGCAUCUGUUUUAGAGUACAUCCUUAACGUGGAGAUCCCAAGAUUUAGGAGUGUAUACACGACCUCUGUUGAUGGCACACGACCGAAACCACCGUUUUUCGAUAAAGCUCCGCCCGAGGAUAUCCUUCAAUUCUUCCAAUCCUUCACUUCCGCAGACGACAAGCAGCCGCUGCCGACUGCGGCUAGAGCUCGAACCAAGAUAUUCGACCUCGUCAAACCCAAACAUACUUUCAACAGAGUCCAGAAGCAGAAGAGGGCAAAGCUAGCGAGAGCUCCUGGUAUCAAAAGCUAUAUUCUCCUCUUGAAAAGUCGAGAGAAUGAAGGAUUUCCGUUGGGCAGUGACUGUCAGCCGCCAUUCGUACGCUUGCCUGUCGCGCUUCUUCUCAAUUCCUCCACUACUUUCAAGCAUCUCGUGGAAGCCAAGCGCCAGAGACUCCUCGAUGACAGAUGGGACGGAGUCUGUUACAAUCCAAGAAUCACCCAGCUUAAAAAGGCAUAUCUUACCGAAUUCACCGUAUAUAUCGACGCUCUGAUUGAGGGCACUUGGGCGAAACAGAAAGUGGGUUAUGCCGAAUUAGCAGCAUUAGGGAAGGAGAUAAUCUGGGAUCUUAUCGUAAUAUGGAGGAACAUCUUGAAGGGAGGGUCAGACUCUGGCCAAGGUGAAGAGGAUGAAGGAGUGGGCGAAGAAGAUUUGAUUAAUCUCGCUAUUCUGGGCAAAUUCCUAGACGUCGAAGAGGAGUUUUUCGAAGGGUUGAGGAAGGUUGAACACGGGAGAGUGCAAUGA